UAAAAAUGUGUCAAUUCCACGUAAAGAAGCCUUAAAUUUAUUAAGGAAAAUUGCUAAUGCCCCCAACAUUGCAAAAAUGGAAGAGGCUGUAAAAACAUUGAAAGAGUGGAAACAUUAUAAAGAGUCAACGUUGAAAAACUAUUUUGAGAACACAUGGUAUCCCGAGAUCAAACGUUGGGCAUUAGCUUACAAACCAUUAGAAAUGUUCAUCAACUCAAACAACGGAGUUGAAAGACUCAAUAAAGAAUUAAAAUAUACGUACCUAGAAGGGUACAAAGGAUGUUCUCUGAGUGAGAUUGUCUCGGUUUUAUUGAGCCAGUUCUUACCCGAAAGGUAUUUGACAUAUGUUAGGGAAAACUUAAUAAUGUCAUCAAGCUGUAGAAUGUACUCUGAAGAAAUUCCUAAGUACUUACACGGGCGUCCUAAGUGGUUCGUAACUCAUGUCAUGGAUAGACUAACUUCAGCUGAAAGUCUACAUGGUUGUGUUAUUGUGCCUGUUUCUGAAAUCCAUUUUCAAAUCCACUCAACCAUGACGUACGAUGUCAAUUUUGACCUAAACAAUAGGAAAUCUAGCUGUACCUGCCCAGACUUUAGAAAGGAGAGAUUAAUAUGCAAACACAUGAUCUUCAUCAGCAUUCACUACCAAAAGUUUGAUUUAAACUUAGUUCAUGAAUUGCUAUUUGAUAAUCCCAUUUUUAAAUGUGACGAUGAAUUGAGCAAUUAUGAGGAUGAGAAUAGUAAUAAUUGUACCAUUCAUGACAAAUUCUUGGACCAUAGACAUGACAUUGAAGAACUUCCAUUGAACACCCAUUACUCUGAACUUCAACGACGGGGGAGUAACAAACGUCACCUAUUAAAUUUAGCAAAGGCAACUUGGCGCUCCAUUGAAUCGGUGAUGUGGAACUUGGAUGAGGAAAGCCUACAGAAAGGAAACGAGAUUCUGCAGGGAUGUCUGGAAUUUAUGACCUCCAAAGUUUCAAAUGAUGAAAGCAAUGGUUUGCCCAUUCAAGCGCAUGAAGAAACCUUUAAUGGAAAAAGCAUUAAAAGAAAAAAUUACCGAAAAUUGAGUCUGCAUAAGAAACAAGGCCAGAGCAGUAGAGUGGGGACUACUGCAGAUUGUCUGAAAGCAGCCCGCAUCAUUACUAUUACUGAACAAGAUUGCAGCCCAUCAAAACGUACAAAAAUUGACAUGCUAAACUAACUAUUUUGUUAACAAAUGUGUAUGAUAAUUUCAAUUCCCUGAGGGUUUCUACCAUCAGGGAAUUGAAAUUUAGCCGAGGAAAGUGAGUAAAAUCUGGUCAAAAGAUAAUUUUGUCACUGGUUUUGUUUAAUAAGAAAAUGAAUAUAGCCUACAAUAGGGAAACUGUAAUCUGUGGGUGUAUAAAUUAAAAAUUAAGGCCGUAUGAUAAACUUAAUUGUAAAUAAACCCAUAGAUUACAGUUUUCCUAUCGUAGGCUAUAUUCAUUUUCUUAUUGAAACAAAACCAGUGACAAAAUUAUCUUUUGACCAGGUUUGCCGUACCUCACUUCCCCUGGCUAAAUUUCAAUUCCCUGAUGGUAGAAACCCUCAGGGAAUUGGAAGUUUUAAUAAUUCAAAAAGUAUUUUAAUUAAUUCAUUUUCAUAUUGCUAUGUAUGUAAAUCCAUCCGGUAGAAUAUUUUGUAUUAGUAGUAAACUUUGUAUAUGAAACUGUGUGACUUGAGUAAAUCAUUUAAGUACUGUACUUACAGUCUUAAAGGAGGCCUUUUGGCGUACCUACUGUAGCAAUUUCUUCCAUCACUUAUUUUAAGAUUUCAAAAUAUUUGUUCUUACAUUUGCUUAGAUUAAUGUUUGGCCUAGAAUUUUGAUUCUACCUGAAUUAUUGUUAAACUC